AUGGUGCCGCGGCCGCCCACCAACCUCACGAUCCAGAGCAAGAAGGGCAAGGUGGUCUUCGUGACCUGGGAGCCUCCGGUCAUCGGCGAGUACUCGGCCUUCAAGCUCAAGGUCAUCCCGCUGUCGGAGCCGCAGAACAGCAACAAGAACAUCAUCGUGACGGAGAACCAGCUGCCGCACCCGAUCAGGGAGCUCACCCCCGGCGCCUCGUACAAGCUGCAGCUGUUCACCAUCUACGGGAACAAGGAGAGCGACGCCUACGUGGAGACCAACUUCACCACGCGUCCCAACACGCCGGGCCGGUUCAUCGUGUGGUUCCGGAAUGAGACGACGAUGCUGGUGCUGUGGCAGCCGCCCUACCCGGCGGGAUCUACACGCACUACAGGGUGAGCAUCGACCCCCCUGACGCCGUGGAGAGCGUGCGGAGCGUCCAGAAGAAGGGCGACCCAGCGGGCCCGGCCGAGGCGCCCUUCAACGGCCUCGUGCCCGGUCGCGCCUACAACAUCACCGUGGAGACCGUGAGCGAGGACCAGAUAUCGGAGCCGACCACGGCCGAGUACCGGACGCUGCCGCUGCCCCCUCGCAACGUGACCUUUGACCUCCGCAGCCUCACGCCCUACUCCUUCACUGUGCGGUGGGAGGCGCCGUCGG